AAACACCGCCAGCUUCCCAUAUCCACCUCCCUUCAUUAUCGCACUGAGCAGCUGGCUAUUUCUUCAGAAGAUCCUGACAGGGAGAGGUAAAAAGACGUCUCCGUCCAGAUGGGUAACCAGCAAUCAAGCGCCGGAGGCGGCCCUCCAGAUGGCAAAGACAAGAAAGAUAAGAAGGAGAAGCCCAAGUACGAGCCUCCGCCACAACCCACGACGCGCAUCGGACGCAAGAAGAGGAAGGCUGCAGGACCGAGUGCCGCCGCGAAGCUGCCCACCGUAUACCCGACCGCACGAUGCAAGCUUCGAUACCUCCGCAUGCAGCGUAUCCACGACCACCUGCUGUUAGAAGAGGAAUAUGUUGAGAACCAAGAACGCAUUCGAAAGGCAAAGGCUGCGAACGAGAAGACCCCGGCGAGUGCUGGAGGUGACUCGGACGCCAUUGACCGCAACGCCGAUGAGCGGUCGCGUGUCGACGACAUGCGAGGCAGCCCCAUGGGCGUCGGCAACCUUGAAGAGCUCAUCGACGACGAUCAUGCCAUCGUUUCAAGCGCCACGGGUCCCGAAUACUACGUUUCCAUCAUGUCGUUUGUGGACAAGGACUUGCUGGAGCCUGGCGCGAGUAUUCUGCUGCAUCACAAGUCCGUAUCUGUGGUCGGUGUCUUGACUGAAGAUUCGGAUCCGCUGGUAUCGGUGAUGAAGUUGGAUAAGGCACCCACAGAAUCGUACGCAGAUAUCGGUGGUCUAGAGUCUCAGAUCCAGGAGGUGCGUGAGGCCGUGGAACUACCAUUGCUGCAUCCAGAGCUGUAUGAGGAGAUGGGCAUCAAGCCGCCGAAGGGUGUAAUUCUGUACGGCGCUCCAGGUACCGGGAAAACGCUCCUCGCAAAGGCGGUGGCCAAUCAAACGAGCGCCACUUUCCUUAGAAUCGUCGGCAGUGAGCUCAUUCAGAAAUACCUGGGCGAUGGUCCGCGGUUGGUGCGACAGCUGUUCCAGGUUGCGGCCGAGCAUGCCCCUUCCAUCGUCUUCAUAGACGAGAUCGACGCAAUUGGUACCAAGCGUUAUGAAUCAACCUCUGGAGGCGAACGCGAAAUUCAGCGUACCAUGCUGGAACUUCUCAAUCAGCUGGACGGUUUCGAUGACCGUGGCGAUGUCAAGGUGAUCAUGGCCACGAACAAGAUCGAGACGCUCGACCCUGCACUGAUCCGGCCCGGCCGUAUUGAUAGGAAGAUUCUCUUCGAGAACCCAGAUCAAACCACCAAGCGCAAGAUCUUUACGCUACAUACGUCCAAGAUGUCGCUCAGCGAUGACGUGGAUCUAGACGAGUUCAUCAGUCAAAAGGAUGAUCUCUCCGGAGCGGACAUCAAAGCUAUCUGCUCCGAGGCGGGUUUGAUGGCGCUCCGAGAGCGCCGUAUGAGGGUGCAAAUGGAAGACUUCCGUGCUGCCCGAGAACGGGUGCUUAAGACAAAGACUGAGGGCGAACCGGAGGGUCUGUACUUGUAGACUGUCAUCUUGUGCGCUGCAAUUGCCUGCUGUGCCUUUACGGCUUGAAAUAUGUAUGAGUAGCGUCAGAACAGCUUUCAGCUCGUUAAAGUCUCAUCAUGGUCAAAGGCAUGAAUAUAAUCAUUCUAUCGAAG